AAUAAACCAUUCUACUACAGGAACGCGUCCGCCCUAGCCAAAAGCGACGUGGACUGCGCGCUGAGCGACCGCACGGCCACCGGCGUGUCGGCCUUCGUCACGGCCUGGCUGCCGGAUAUCGGCAUGUACACCCGCCUGUCCGUCCUGCUGGCAGACCUCGUCCAUCCCAGGAACUUCUUCACGUACGUCGCGUUCCUCUACCUCGCCAACUGCAUGAAGUCCGGACACUCCCACUUCGCGGACAAGGAGACCAACAACUACGUGCUCAUCGACAACGACCGCUGUCUGGUGCCGGAGCGGGUAGCUUCGGGCGACAUGCCGCCGGCCUACAGGUACCGUCUGGACCGUCUGACGGACAUUCUGUUCACCAAGAGUCACGUCUGCAAAGUACCGCAGGAGAUGGUGGACAGGCUCAAACUCGCCACUUCCGUGUCUUCUACGGUAACCAGUCUGGGUGUUCAGUUCAAGGACGAAGUUCUGGCUGACAAGGUCAUGGCCCCCCUGCUGCUGAAGGAAGACCCUGAGAUCUAUGAGGAAGUGGACGGGAGGGCGUCAGUUCUGCUGGCAGAAUAUAACAGCCUCUGUGAGAACAGCGACGCCGACCAGUUCGACAGCAGACUGCGGGCGGUGUACAAGACUUCGCCGGUCCGGCAGGCGUACCUCGUGGCUGGGCGCGACUACAUCCUGGCAAACUUCGCGGACGGAGACGACCUGGCGUACCUCAAAGUCGUCAGCGACGUGCCGCGGGAGCGCGUCGGCGGUCAGCUGUUCAACGGCGGGCUGGCCGAGCUCGUGUCCUACCACGUGGACCGGCUGGUUGGGCUCGGUCGGGUCCCCGUCGCCGCGUCGCGCCGGCUCGUCCUGGACGGGUCUGUCGCGCUGCAGGGGGUCGUCAGCGACGACGGCGAGGUGGUCCGAGACAUGACGAGGGACGGCGUCACCCUCGGCCGGUACCUUACGGACGUGCAGACGGGUAAGAUCCGCGCUAACGCCAGCGUGGAGUGGAUCGCCAGCAAACUUCGCCGCGACCCGGCUCACAAACACCCCGUGCUGGACGUCAUCGUCGUCGGCAAGAUCAAAGAUCUCGUGCGGAACGUCAAGCUCAGCAGCGAGGUGAAGAACUUCCUGAAUCACGACGCGUCGCUCAGAGACCUGCAAGAGUUGGGCGUCACCCGACAGAUGACGUGGGACAUCAUCGACAUGCAUCUGCUCGACUUCCUGCUGCACAACCCGCACAGGACGACUUUCGCGACGUCGGAGCUGCGACUCGUGUCGCACGACAACUCGCGCGCGUUCUCCCCCGACAUCGGGAGCAAAGUGUGUGAACCGCUGCUGCGGUGUCCUCCGGUGUUCUACUCCUCAGUAGAAGCCGGGGAGAAGUCCGGCUGCCCUGAAAGUUGCCCAGUCGGUGUGGAAGACGCAGACAACUACAGAAACUGUCGGUUCAGGAGAGGGACGUUGGAGCGGAUUCGGAAAGGGUCGGUGGACGCCACCGAGAAAGACAAGUUGGUGAACAUGCUGAGAACCGCGCUUUCUAAGGAAGCGAUCGGCGUCGAUUCUCACAAAGACUACUUCGGUAGCAAUGACUUGUACGAAGGAUUUCAGUACAGACUAGCCCACUUAGCGUCCCACGUGAAAGGAUGCAUUGAAACGUACGGCGAGCAUGUAUUUGUCUGAUGAGUCGAAACGUACAGUAGGUAGGUAGAAACGUACAGUAAAAUACCAUCAUCAUUUCACACACCUGGGUGCUUUUUAUGAAAGAUACUAAAACUUUUCUAAUUCCGAAGGUGAAAAAUGCGAUAGAUUGUGUUGCAUUAGGGUCUCAGAACUGCACA